CGCGGCUAGGUGGAUUUUUCACCGUCGCCGAUAUUAGGUGGAUGAGAACGAAAACAUCAUCCCUCCGAGCUCUCUUGGCGCAGAGAGAGGGAGAGAGAGGGAGGGGGGCAGGUCUCUCAAUCGCCGUUGCGUGGCACUGCUCCGCUUAGCGUGUAUGCUCUGGAAGCAUCGACAACGGAUUUAUACUCGCCGUUCCUUCUUCUCUUCCUCCUCCUCCUCCUCUUCCGUGUCCUUCCUCCUCCAUCCUCCCGUUAUUGUCAGGUCUACGCUAGAUGUGACGCGAUUCGGGAAAUCACCUGUGUUUGUUCUCUCUUCUUCACGGCAUUUCUCAUCGCCCUUUAAGUGACAGCCGUGUUGCCACGUGUCGCGCCCACGAAGCCACCACCGUCCUUCUGAAUCUUCUUCAUCACCGGUGGAUGAAGUCUCUAUUGCAGAAGAGGGGAGUCGGGGUAGACAAGAAGAAGAUGAAGUGGUACGUCUUCUGUUUCCUCUUCACUAUUUCCAUCGCAGUGACAGGGGUGACACUUGCUCAGGCUGUAGAGGAGGACCGUUGCUACCGGGAGGAGGAUUGCGGAAUUAACGAGAAGUGCAACCGACAAGGCCAAUGUCAGUAUGACAAGUGCAGGAGAUCCCCAUGUGUAGCUGGUGUAAAUUGCCGCUACCAUGACGACUGCAGACGGCUCUAUGGUACCUCACACAAGUGCUGCAAUUGGAGAUGCGUGAAAGCAAAGUGCUGCACGCACAGGGACUGCAGAGGUCUGCAGAGAAUCUGCUGCCUUGGGAAAUGCAGGGUGGGUUGUUGCACCAAUAAAGAUUGUCUUGGUCUGAAUGGAGGGGUAGAGGGGUGCAGGAACAGGAUUUGUCAAAAAUCGUGAGCUGGAGAAUGUGGCAGUGUGUGAAUCCCCAAGCUAUGGAGGCAACCUGAAGACUCACCCUGCCAUUCUAUAUGCACUGUUCAGCCAGAUGUCUUCAUUUUGAGCGUCCAGGUUGUAGACAAACAAGACUUUUAUUAUGAAAAUCACAAUGCGGACUUUUUUUGGAGGGGUGGGGAGGGGGACAAUGUGCUCUAAUCUAUUCGUGGGGAGCAGCAUGUGUUGGGAACCGGGCCCAGCGUCCCAUAUGAAGCUUAAACAAAACAUAUAAGGUAUUGGUGCCUUUACUCGGCUUCGGCUGAGAAUCCAUAGGAAAGUUCAUGAAUUUUGAGAAAUCUUGAACAACUACCUAGCCUAUUCAACAGCAGACUCCUGUAUUAGACUAAGAUUUCAGAGGGGCUAUGAGGAAACCUUGUUUUGGAAUCAUCUCACUACUGCGGAAUUGAUUUUCACUUGUGUUGGUUGUCUGGUUCGGAUGUGCUAUAUGCAUCUGGUUAUGAAGUUUGUCCUGUCGUUUAUUUUUUCCGUUUGUUUUCAUGUUGAAGAACUAUUUGCUUGCAUGUGGUUUCUGAUAUUGUCAAUGUCCUCGAAGAUUUUUCCCCUCUUUUUGGCAUGGAGAACAAUAAUAUAAUUAUUAACUAGGCGCCCUCAGUGCAAGUGGUGCGGGCUUAAUAAGAAAUGUAGUGGGUGACCUCACACUGACCGCUCACAUAAACUCAAAUAAACUUAAAAAAUAAAAAAAUAAAAACAAUCAAAGGUUAAUAAAGAA